AUGCAUAGAAAAGUAACUAGAGCCAUGUUAGCGCAAGGUGCUCAUAGAAAAGAUAGACCUAAGAAAAGGAAACAGUCGUAUAAUCCAAAAAAUCCUGAGAUGAAUAAUUCUUUCACGAGUGCGUCGGCAAAAAAAUUAAAAGGCGAUGAUAAACAGCACGUGCCAGAGGAAGCCACACUCCAAUAUUCAAUCAUUGACUUUGCUCUGGUUUUUUCUACACUUUCGUGUUUUGUGCGGUGUUCAAACAUUAUUAAAAGUGCAGGUGAAAAUAAAUUGUGUAAUGGAAAAGUUGAUUUUAAACAAUGCUCCAAAUACGGCCUGGAAUUCAAAAUUAUGGUAGAAUGUGAACGAUGUGAACCAAAAUAUAUUUUGUCAUGUCAGCAAAUCGGUAAAAUGUAUGAACUAAAUAGACGGUUCAUUUUUGUUAUGCGAAUAUUGGGCUUGGGUCUUGCUGGAUGCAAAAAGUUUUGCGGUUUGAUGGAUAUAAGCAGUUCCUUUAUAAAUCAUUCAACAUACGAUUUUUACAUUAAUAAAAUACAUGAAUGUAUUGUGGCAAUUACUGAGACACUGCUCUCCUCAGCUGCUAAAGAGGAAAAGCAAUUGACGAGUUUUGAAAACAACCUUGAAGAUACAACAGAUGUGACUGUCUCUGGUGAUGGGACGUGGAAAAAGCGUGGUUUCGCAUCCCUGUAUGGUGUCAGCUCUCUAAUUGGAUACUAUUCAGGAAAAGUCUUGGAUAUCGUUGUUAAAUGUUCUUACUGUAAAUUAUGUGAGUCUUGGAAAAAAAAAUUAGCUACGGCAGAAUUUGAAGAGUGGAAAGAAGAACACAUCCAAAAUGAUGAAUGUACUGCCAAUCAUACUGGAGCAUCUGGGAACAUGGAAGUAUCUUCAAUUAUUGAAAUGUUUAAACGUUCUAUUGUUAAAUAUGGCUUGAGAUUUUUCAAUUAUAUAGGAGAUGGAGAUUCUAAAACAUACUCUGGUAUUCUUAAAGCUAAACCUUACGGUGAAGAUUUUGUGGUCAACAAGAAAGAAUGCGUGGGACAUGUACAGAAGAGGAUGGGCACCCGGUUACGUGACUUAGUAAAGAAAACUGUUGAGGACAAGAUAGUCAAAGGCAAAAAAACUCAAAAAAAAAACUCUUUCUGGCAAAGAAGAAACUGUGAUUUAGUGAAAAAAAUGAAAGACGCGAUAUGGGCUACUUACUACCACUACAGUUCUACUGAUAAAAAACCUCAACAUCAAAAUUGCCCUGAAGGUCCAGACUCGUGGUGCACCUGGCAGCGAGCAUCGGCAACAAAUACUCUUUCAUCAUUCAAACACGAUUAUACCCCAUUACCAAAUGAUGUCUUGACUGCAAUGAAACCUAUUUAUGAAGACCUGAGUAAGGAUGAGCUUUUGGAGCGGUGUGUUGGUGGUUUCACACAAAAUAAUAAUGAAAGCUUCAAUCAGCUGAUCUGGAAAAUUACUCCCAAAAUACUUCCAGCUGGCUCCAAAAUAGUUCAAAUUGCUGCAUCAAUUGCUGCUUGUACUUUUAAUGAAGGUAUAUCAGCCUUAUGA